GGUCUUGGCAGAAGGCGGCGGCUAGCUCGGUUCGCCCUCCCCGACUUGUGUGUGUUGAAUCUGCUCGCGGUGAUGUGAUUGUGUGUUGUCGUUUACUUUAUUCUCUCCCCGUGUGUGUGUCAAGUGUCCGUGCACCAUGUCACGUCCGAACGACAGGGGAGGCUACCCGACGUACAAGCUGGUGGUGGUCGGGGGAGGAGGCGUCGGCAAGUCCGCGAUAACAAUCCAGUUCAUCCAGAGCUACUUUGUCACGGACUACGAUCCCACCAUCGAGGACUCGUACACAAAACAAUGUCGCAUCGACGACAUACCCGCCAAACUGGAUAUUUUGGACACGGCUGGUCAGGAGGAAUUCAGUGCAAUGCGGGAGCAGUACAUGAGGUCAGGAGAGGGAUUCCUUCUCGUCUUCUCUGUAACCGACAGGGGUGGCUUGGAGGAUAUGUUCAAGUUUCACCGUCAAAUCUUGCGGGUCAAGGACAGGGAUGAGUUUCCUAUGCUCAUGGUAGGCAACAAAGUGGAUCUAGAACAUCAACGGCAGGUAUCGCUCUUGGAUGCUCAAAAUGCUGCAAGGCAGUUGAAGAUUCCUUACAUUGAAUGCAGUGCUAAGCAGCGUAUGAAUGUGGAUCAGGCUUUCCAUGAAUUGGUACGUAUUGUGAGGAAGUUCCAAGCAUCUGAGCGACCUCCCUUGAAACCAACCUACAACAAUAAGAAACGCAAGUGUUGUAUUCUUUAGAUUAUUAUUCUACAGACGUGUCCUCUACUACUUUGUAACAAAGAGAUAAGAAACAAAAGAUAGCAAUUUUGCUAUUUCUCCAUGGAAUGAAACAGAAAAAAUAAAACAUCUUUACUUUUAUGUUAUUUAAUAUUCAAACAUUCUUUUCUGUCUUGUUCCAUGAGAGCACCUAGAUUGUCUAGGGUUUUCUCAUAUUUGUCUGUGAAAGACUUUACAAAAUCUUCAAGCUUUAAUAAAUGUAAGCCUCAUGCAAUGUUUCACUUAACGCACAAAGCCAUGUUAUUAUGUGCUGAACUUGUCACAACGAAAGAAGGCGAAUGUAGAAUUUUAUGUCAGUAUUUUUUAUCUGGAGAAUGAAUUUUAUGAAUUAAUUUUUUGCAUUGAAGUUUGAGACUUGUAACAAAAAUCUCACAAUUGCAGGGUAUCAGCUACUUUUGUUCAUUCAGUUAAUGAUGCAAUAAUGUUGAUUCUGCUUUUUGAAUCCUAGAGACAUUAUUGUUAAAUGACAUUCCAUUGUCCAUUGUUGCUUAGAUGAAGUUUUGCCUCAAAUUUUCAAGGGUAGUGUUAUCAAUUAUAUUUUAAAAUGAACAAUCAAAAUUUAACAAUAAUUUACAGAUAUAAAUGCAUCAUUUCUAUUUUGAGCCUUAAAUUUGAGUAGUAUUUGUAGGCACCAGGUGCCAUUUAUAAGUUUAGUAUGGGCUGUACAAUCCUAUGGGCGUACAUUUUGUUUGUCAAUAUGUCAUAUCCUACUCAUACCACUUAUCUUUGUUAAAAGUUAAAGUCUUUCUAGAAGUUUAAAUACUUUUGCUCAUCUUAUUGCCAUGUACAGUCAUACAUUUUUGUGGCUCAAAUUGAAUUUUUGUGUUGACAGAAACAAUGUGGGCACAUAAAUGACCCUUCAAACAGGAAUAUGUCACAAAUUGGUCUAACAGUUCACGUUGACCAGCCUGAUUUCUGAUUUAAUUUUGACAUGGAGAUGUCUAUAUGAUAUCUUUGUGACGUUUUGCUGUUUGUUUGGGACGGGAAACCAUGGGAUCAGGAGCCUGAAAGGAUCUAACCUCUCCUAAGAUUUAGCUUAAAUAGGAAAUUGUAUUUUGUUCACCUCACCAAUCUUUUACAACUGCCAUAAAUGUUUAGGAAGUUUUUGAGUUUCUUUAUUUUAUUUACAAUGGACUGCUUGAAUUAUUGCAGCCUGUUUGAUCCGAAAUUUUGGUGUAUUGUUUUUGUAACACCUCUUUUUGCACUAUGUGCAAAUGUAAAUGUUAUCACUAAAAAACGCUGAUCAGCUGUGAUGUCUGAAACCUCUAUUUUGCUCUGAAGGUAAUGGAGUGGAGACCAAUGUGAUCAGAGAGUUCCUUCUGUGUUCAUUUACAUCUCCUAAGUGAUCUGACAUGUCGUUCAUCUUUAUUUUAAAUGGUCUUGAAAAGAGAAGGGACUUUAUUUUGUGUUUUUACUAUGCACCUAAAUAAAAAUAUUUGCUGUUAUUUCAAGGUACCUCCUUGAGUUGUUAAUUAUAAAUGCAUUAAAUUUUAUUUUGCCUUAUUGUUUUAAUAUUAAGUGCUAUUUUUGUAACACUUUUAAAAAGUCUUAUGGUAGUUAAAAACUCUGUUUUAUUAUAUGUUGUGUGCGCUAGAUUUACUUAAAUAUUACGUAUUGUAAAUUAACAGUCAUCUUACCCUGUUUUCAUCUUGGAAUAUAGACUUUUACUUCGUCAAUUACAUUUGAGGCUCAUCCUCACUGAAAUUUUGUUUUGUAUGAACUUUUAUUAAAACUGAUUUGAUGUUGGUGCUAAUCUUUGGACUUUAUUUUGUGAUAAGGCUUAAUGGAUAAGUUAAGCAAGUCAAUUAUAUGAAAAGAGACAGCCUUUUAAUGUGUGCUGAUGUCUAGAAACUAUAUUUUUCUUCCAGCUGUACACAAGCAUUCACCCGUGGUUUUGUUCUAGUUUUUGAACAGUCCGUACUUUGAAUUGUCUUUGUGAUACAAUAUAACUGCUGCACCUAAUUACGACUGCCCCGUGUACUGUUGAUAAUAUGGAUUGUAUGAAUAUCAUGUCAUAUCAGUGUAUAGCUGUGUUUUUGGAUUAUAUAACAUCUUAUUUUUUGAUAUCUGCACUCCUUGUAAAAAAGGAAUGACCAAGUGGUGUGCUCUUUAAACCUCAUCUGUUUUCUUUUAAUUGAUCCGCUAUCAUUGAUACGAUCUGAAAAAUUUCUGAUGUCCUUGUCUUGCACCAAUGUAACUUUCAUACGUCUCUCCAGUGUUAAAUGUGAUUGUUCCUAACUAUUUGUCUGAUCUGAUGCACAAUUUUUGUGGGCAUAUUGCCUGAAUAGACUUGCUUCCAAUUAAUGUAGUAUUUUAAUGAUUAAUACAUCCUUGUGUGUUUGCGUCUAUGAUAUCAUCUCAGGACAUUCUCAUUGUUGUAAAGAAACAAUGCUUUUGUAAUUGUUUUAUUAUAGCUUGAGCUUUUGUAACAUAUUUAUAAUUACUUAUACAUAAUAAGUGAAUGUGUAACUUGUGUACUGUUAUUUUGCCAUCAAAGAAUUAUAUUUUUUAAAAACGCUUUAUUAACUGUAUAGUAUUGUGAUACUUUUGCCUUGACACUUGCUGUUUAUUAGCAAGAGUUUGCCAUCAGAGUGCUUGCCUGUCAUAUGUGUGUAUUAUUAUUUUCCAGCAUGUACUUAACUAAACUCAAUCUUACCACCUAAAUUAUGAGUCCAUUACUUCCGUCGUCCUGUAUUACCCACAAACAAUUAUCUUUCAUCCCGCAAAGCAUUUUAUAAUAAAGUUCUGGUUAAUGUCACAACGUUGUUCCAGCCUGCUAAUAAUUAUUUCUGUUUUGUUUUGGGAUUACUGCUGUCUGUACAAGUCAAUUGAUAAAGUGAGAGUGCAAUAUAACUGACUGCGUAACAUUUAAA